AUGGGUGAUAAUAGAGGCAUUACACAGUUGUGUACUACCGGAAAUUUAGCAGAAAACUGGAAAACGUGGAGAGCGAGAUUUGAAAAUUACUUAAUUGCUUCGGAAAUAAAUAAGAAAAGCGAAGAGACACAGUGUGACCAGCUGCUUCAUUAUAUAGGUGAGGAAGGCUUUAAAAUAUACACCACAUUUGCGUUUGCAGAGGACGAAAAAAAUAAGUUAAAAUGUUUAUUGGAAAAGUUUGAAGUACACUGCCAAGGAAAAGAAAAUAUUGCAUAUGAAAGGUAUGAAUUCUUUACUUACAAACAAGACCCAGGACAACCAACCAGUAAUUUCAUAACCGAGUUGAAGAAAAGGGCAGGUAAAUGUCAAUUGGAGAAGCUUCAAGAUAGUCUUAUUGUAACAAUGAUUAUAUGUGGCAUUAAGAACAAUGAAAUACGAGAAAGACUAUUACAAGAAGAUGGUCUUACAUUGGAGAAAGCAAUCGAACUUUGCCAGGUAAUAGAGUCAUCCAGAGCCAGAAGUGAAAUGAUGAGAGUAGGAGCCUCGAGUAAUGUAAUAGAAGUGGAAGCAGUCAACAAAUCAGGUAAUCGUUACCAAGGUGGUGAGAAAUUGAAGCAUCAGGAGGUGAGUCAGAAUAUACAAAAUUGUAAUAAAUGUGGUCAAGGUUUUAUUACAAGGUAA